AAUAUUAACAUAAACAAAAUUAGGUAGAUUCCGUGCUACAGGUACUUUGAGAAUCUUUCGCAGGUUUGUCCCAAUUUACCCCAGGAUCCCAAUUUACCCCAUGUCAUGGUACACAAAACUGAGAAUUUAAGAUGUAAACAUUGUUGUGGGUUAUGCAUAAUUAUCCAAAAAUCUUUUUGACGCAUUCAUAAUGAAUUCCCUUUUCCCUGUAAAUCAUAAAACAAUAUUUGUUCUUGAUCACACACCGUACUUUGGAAUAUCUUCAGAAUACCCAAUAGAUUUUGAUGUAUCGAAAGGCCGAGGUACCGGUCAGGUUCCUUUACCUCCAAUCUGUAAAUCAUUGUGGACUUGCAGUGUGGAAGCUGCGGUAGAGUACUGUCGUAUAGUGUGGGAUUUAUUUCCUGAAAGCAAAUUAGUGAAAUUUGUAGUGAGUGAUUCUGUAGCGCAUAUAUUAAACACUUGGGCGGCAUUACAACAAAAUUUAACUCAUGUCCUGAAUGGGUUGUGUCUUGUUGGACCAGUACGUCGUGGUGCUGGAGGGGAUGUUGUCGGACUCUGUGCAGCCAUCGAAGCACUGGGUGAAGCAUCACCAGAGCAGAUAUCACGCACAUCAACCGAUAGACAUUUUCAAAAUAGAGGACGGAUAAUAUGUAUUACAAGUGCAAGAGAUGAUGAUUCAAUAAGGAGCUUAGCAGAAAUAGCUUUAAACACUUUGAUUCAACAAAACAAAAAAGCUUCCAUAGUCCAACCAAACAGCAGUAGAGAUUCUCCUAAUGCAACACCUCAAUUAUUAGUAACACAUUACUGCCAUCUAAUCAUCAUAAAUGUCACACCAGAGAAAGCUGAAACCAGAGUUAACAAUCAACAGCUCACAGAGAUGGGCGGUGGUCUGAUGGGCGUCGAAGUAAUAGUAUCACGAGCUAGCGCAUUAGCUAGCUUGUUGGGUCGUCUGGUACUACCGCAUUACAAAUUAUCAACUACCACAGUUACUGGAAUUCCCAUGAAGGAAGAACAAAACGCUAGUUCCAGUGCUAAUUACGAUGUAGAAAUUGUCCAUUCCAUCGAUGCUCAUGCUGGCUUGCGAGCUUCACAAACUGCUGCCGAAGCCGCUGAGUCUGUGGUGCUACGUUGGUGGACGCCGCGCGGCGCGGAGGGGGGCGCGGGCGGCUGCACGGGUCCGCUGUGGCGCGUCACGCCCGCCGACGUCGCCAGCCGCCCCUCCGCCUGUCUCGUCAACUUCCUGCUCAACGGGCGGUCGGUCACGCUCGAAGUGCCCAGGAAAGGUGGGGGUAGAUCAGCGUCGCACGUGCUGGCGGCCCAGGGGGGCGAGCUGUGGAUCGGCGCCCUGGGGGGUCGGACCACGUACGACGAUCCCCCCGCGCUCUCCGAGGGAGCCGGUGGACGCGUCACAGACUACAGAAUAAAAGAGUUUGGCGCACUGAUGCAGCAAAAUAAGCUGCACCCACUCCGCGGGGCGGGGUCCAACGCACGCGCGAGGUCUCGGCUGCAAAGGCACACGACAUAUUGGCCCCUGACGAUAUCCUCAACGCUCAUAUUCAAUUUAGGAUCAGUGAUGGAACCGUUAACGAGGCUGGUCGUGCAAGAAUCAUUAACUGACGAAGAGGUGGAUCAGUGUCGUAGCGUCCUGCUGUCGUUAUUAAGUAUGGAAUCUCGCCAUGAAUUCCCGGCCGCGCAGCUGCCUUCGAAUCUAAGGGGCAAAUCGAGCGGUCGUCGCGAAGAACAAUGGCGUCAAGUUUGGGGUGAAUUGGAAGCGUUAUUACGAGCGUAUUCGAACUCCUCCGCCCAUAGAACGCUACUGAGAGUCCUGCUAGAAUGUCGGGCACACAAUAACCACGGCGCAGACGGUGAAUCUCGAGCAACGGUGAUCCGAGCGACCACCGACUCCCCACUGUCGCCGGUGGGCGCAGGUAAUGGCAGCGCCAGUAGUGCAAGUGGAGACGUCUGGGCUCCCAGGAACGUUCUGGACGCGUUACUGGGGGCGCCGCGUCCCGCGCGCAGACUCGACUUCGCCGGCAGGAUGGCGGCCGGAAACAGGGUGGCCAUCUUGUACCCGCAGCUGCAGCAGGACGUGGAAACCCAACACUGAUUGUGAGCGGCGAAAAGUAAUUGGAAUCUGAACCUUAUGAUGAAACGUUAUAAGUUCCAUUUUGUGCGUUGUGAAUGUUGAUGACGAUGUUUUUUUUUAACUUGUUUUGUAUGAGUUCAUAGAUAGGCGUACAGUAAUAAAGUGUUAUAUUCACUAGAAAUAAUUAUAUUUGCAGAAACUGAUAUCCUUUUUUUUUUCAUGUGAAGCUCAGAGGGAGGACCUGAAUUUUAAGUUUAAAGGACAAUGCCCAAAAGUGGGCCAACUUUGUGUCAAAAUUAUUUGUACUUGAAAAACUAUGCCUUAUUUGUUCACGUUUUUUAGUUUAUGUUUCAACAUUUCUUUCACCCUGGCAUUGUUUUACAAAAAAAUAAAUUACUUAUAUGAUAACAUCCGAAAACUGAGUACAUCAUUCAUAGUUUUUAAAUUCGCCAAUAGGCAGACAAAGGGCUUAGCCCAUACAGCCUUAUAGUAAACCUAAAUGCUGCUAAACGAAAGAGUUGUCUGUGAUUUGAAUAACAAAUAAAAAAAAAAAUGUUAAUGGUUAUAAUUCACAGACUUUUUUAGUUUAUUUUUGUUCGAUUCAAUAUUUAUAUAUUGUAAUAAUAAUUAUUACUUAAAACCAUGAAUUAAUUAAUAUUUUUAGACAUUAAUGAUUCCAUUAGUAAAAAUCUCAAUGGCCCACCAUUACUUAUUCUUAUUAUCUAUGGUCAGAGAGUUUUGGCAGCAACCCGAGUGAAGCGUCACUUGAAGUUUUAUUUUAAUGUUUUUUUAAUAUUUUAUUGUGAUAUAUAAAGUGGGUGUUGUUUUGUGUAUUAAACGUCACUGAAUAAAACUAUGGCUAACAUAGCAGUGACUGUUUUGUUCGUAAAAAGAGAUACCCCGGCUUUUUAUUGACAUGAAAAUAAUAUAACUACGACAGACUAGGCUGUAUAGACUACGCUCUUUGCCUGCCUAUUGACGAAUUUAAAAACCAAACAACAACAAUAUCGUUGCCGGCUUCCGGAUUUUCAUUUCCGAAAGAAGGGUCAAUGAAGUCAAUGAAUAUUAAUAUUAUGAGGAUAUAAUUAUAAUAAAAUGUACAUAAGGGCUUAUUUCUAGCAACAUUAACCACAAUUAACUUAUUUAACACUGUAACUAAUUAUGAGAGCGAUUAUUGAUUUCGAAGAAAACAAUUAACCACUUAAUUUUAGCUGCAGAAAAAAAACAGAUUUCUUUUGAACCUGGGUGAGAAUAUACAAAUCGUUUUCUGAAUAUGAAACGAUAUUUCUUUGUCUAUCAAAUUAAGUUAAAACCAUCAUGUAACGAUAAUUUUUUUAGGGGCCCAAACGCCCAAAGAAAAUGGGCAUUGUCCUUUAGAUAUUUAAUAUCAAUGUAACGAUAUUAUUUUAAAAUUACAUAUUUUUAUAUGCAAAAUUUAAA